AGGAGGCCGCGGGAGCGCCAGGACCCGGCCCGCCUGCCCGGCCCCCGCCAGGCCCACGCCCCGGCCCCGGCGGGGGAGGGGUCUCUGAGCGCGGCCCCUCCCCCCUGCGCCCCCGCCUGUGCUGCGGUACCCGUACCCUGCCUGUGCCUGUCUGUCCGUCUGUCCGCCUCUCGGCCUCGCCCCACCCCGGCCCCCGGGGCUGCCUGGCCGCCCCCCCACCCCCUCCGCAGCCGCCCCCUCCCUCUGGGCCAGCCCCCACCUCAGCCGGGGAAGCAAGCCAGGACGCCGCGUUUCCAGACCCAGGGCCUGCACCCCGAAAUCGGGGGCCUGCACCCUGAGAUUGGAUCCAGAUAACUGGACACCCAAGCCUGAGAGCCUAAACUGGGGCUGGGACCCCAAGACCUGGAGCCUGAACAUCCAUAUCUGGGGCUGAAAUUUUAACAUCAGUUCCUGGGACCCCAAGAUUUGGAGCCUGAACCCCAAGAAUUGUAAUAUGGACCCCAGGAUUUGGAGCCUGAACCUCAAGAUUUGGCAUCUGAAACCCCAAAUCUGGAGCUAAACUCUGAGUUGUGUGCCUGGGACCUUGAAAUCUGGGACUGGAUUCUCAUUUCUGUACCCUGGAACCUGCUUUUUGGGACCUGAACCCUGAGUUUUAGGCCUCAGAUUCCAAGAUCUGAACCCUGGCAUUCAAAGGGGCCUAAACUUGAGUUUGGGCCUGAAGUCCUUGCUGCAAAACUGAAUGCUGAAAUUUGGGGCAAAUCUUGAUUUAGCACCCCAAUAUCUGAUCCCAAGACUGGGCUUGGGACUCAGACGUUAAACUCUCCUUUUGUCUGUUUAGCAUCCCAAGCCUGGAGCUGGGAGACCCUGACUCUGAGCAACCCACACUGGGGCUGGGUCUCUAAAACUGGACCCUUAGAGGCCCAAUAUUUGGAGAUCUAGGACCCAAAGUGACAAGAUAGAGAGACUCUGUGGCCACAAAUCUGAACUGAGAUACAACAGACAAUCCCUCUGCAGAGACCUUGGGGACAGGGAAGGCAUGACCAGGCACCCCCUCCAGAGUCCUGACCCCUGACCCCCUUGGAGCUUGAGGACUCUGUUCCCUGGGGCAGCUUCCAGCUCAGGCCACCCCUGCCCGCGAUGGCCAUCCUCCCGCUGCUCCUCUGCCUGCUGCCGCUGGCCCCUGCCUCGUCUCCACCACAGCCAGCCACAGCCAGCCCGUGUCCCCGCCGCUGCCGCUGCCAGACACAAUCCCUGCCCCUAAGCGUGCUGUGCCCAGGGGCAGGCCUUCUGUUUGUGCCACCCUCGCUGGACCGCCGGGCGGCCGAGCUGCGCCUGGCUGACAACUUCAUUGCGGCUGUGCGGCGCCGCGACCUGGCCAACAUGACGGGCCUGCUGCACCUGAGCUUGUCACGCAACACCAUCCGCCACGUGGCAGCCGGCGCCUUCGCUGACCUUCGGGCCCUGCGCGCUCUGCACCUGGAUGGCAACCGGCUGACCUCGCUGGGCGAGGGACAGCUGCGCGGCCUGGUCAACUUGCGCCACCUCAUCCUGAGCAACAACCAGCUGGCAGCCCUGGCGGCCGGCGCCCUGGACGACUGCGCCGAGACCCUCGAGGACCUCGACCUCUCCUACAACAACCUGGAACAGCUGCCCUGGGAGGCUUUGGGCCGCCUGGGCAACGUCAAUACGUUGGGCCUGGACCACAACCUGCUGGCUUCCGUGCCCGCCGGCGCCUUCUCCCGCUUACACAAGUUGGCGCGGCUGGACAUGACCUCCAACCGCCUGACCACCAUCCCGCCCGACCCACUCUUCUCCCGCCUGCCGCUGCUAGCCCGGCCCCGCGGCUCCCCCGCAUCCGCCCUGGUGCUGGCCUUCGGCGGGAACCCCCUGCACUGCAACUGCGAGCUGGUGUGGCUGCGGCGGCUGGCGCGGGAGGACGACCUCGAGGCCUGCGCCUCCCCGCCGGCUCUGGGCGGCCGCUACUUCUGGGCGGUGGGUGAGGAGGAGUUCGUGUGCGAGCCGCCCGUGGUGACUCACCGCUCGCCGCCCCUGGCGGUGCCUGCCGGUCGGCCAGCCGCCCUGCGUUGCCGGGCAGUGGGGGACCCCGAGCCCCGUGUGCGCUGGGUGUCACCCCAGGGCCGGCUGCUGGGCAACUCGAGCCGGGCUCGCGCCUUCCCUAAUGGGACGCUGGAGCUGCUGGUCACCGAGCAGGGCGAUGGCGGCAUCUUCACCUGCAUUGCGGCCAAUGCAGCUGGCGAGGCCACAGCUGCAGUUGAGCUGACCGUGGGUCCCCCGCCGCCCCCCCAGCUAGCCAACAGCACCAGCUGUGACCCCCCGCGGGACGGGGAUCCUGAUACCCUCACCCCGCCCUCUGCUGCCGCUGCCUCUGCCUCUGCGUCUGCCAAGGCAGCUGACACUGGGCCCCCUACUGAUCGUGGCGUCCAGGUGACUGAGCAUGGGGCCACAGCUGCUCUUGUCCAGUGGCCAGAUCAGCGGCCUAUCCCUGGCAUCCGCAUGUACCAGAUCCAGUACAACAGCUCAGCCGACGACAUCCUCGUCUACAGGAUGAUCCCGGCCGACAGCAGCUCCUUCCUGUUGACAGACCUGGCAUCAGGCCGCACCUACGAUCUGUGUGUGCUAGCUGUGUACGAGGACAGCGCGACAGGGCUGACGGCCACGCGGCCCGUAGGCUGCAACCACUUCUCCACUGAGCCGGCGCUGCAGCCCUGCGGGGCCCCACACGCACCGUUCCUGGGCGGCACUAUGAUCAUCGCGCUGGGUGGGGUCAUCGUGGCCUCGGUACUGGUCUUCAUCUUCGUGCUGCUUAUGCGCUACAAGGUGCACGGCGGCCAGCCCCCAGGCAAGGCCAAGGCAUCAGCGCCUGUCAGCAGCGUUUGCUCCCAGACCAAUGGCGCUCUGGGCACCGUGCCGGCCCCACCGGCCCCUGAGCCUGCUGCACCCAGGGCCCACACAGUGGUCCAGCUGGACUGUGAGCCCUGGGGGCCCAGCCAUGAACCCACGGGACCCUAGCUUGGAGCCCACCUCAACGACCCUUCUGGCCCCUGGGGUGGCAGGACCCAGACACCCCAUGGGAUCUGGCCUCAGACUCACCAAAUUGCUCAUGGUUUUUAAAACUCUGAUGGGGAGGGUGUCGGGGCACUGGGGCACAACAAGAAAGUCCUAUUUUUCUAA